AAGACCUCACUUCUUUGAAAGGUGUUCCUGCUAGGAAAGCAAUAUAUACACGGAACAAGGAUAGCUGAUAUCUAUUUCCACUGUGAUGGCUUGGGAAUGGGUUAAAAAGUGCGAAUACUUUACUGAAUGUUGAGAAUCAACGCCUAUGAUAACAUCUACCACAGUUUUGUAUCGAAUACAAAGUACAAAUCAAACUUUGGACAUAAAGAAGCUCGUUUUAGCAAUCAACCUAAACUUUAUUCAGGAAGAAAAUGAGCGUCAAUGAAUUCAAAGGGUUUAAGUUAUGUGUCGCAUGCAUCGUUGUACCAAACGUUAUCGCAGUGCCAAAUUCCAUAACAGGAACUCCCAGAGGAGAGGAUGUAGCCUUUCCAGGAAGUAACAAGGCAGCGCCAGAGCCAGGUCCUUUUUGGAUCACUGCUAGGCAGCAGUGGGGAUGGGUAUGGAAAGUGCACUGGAUAGGACUGGGUCUGGCGUUUGCCUUUUUAGCGUUGAAAUCCUUGUGGGCAUUAAUUCGCCCUCCCGACAUGAUCAAUAGCUUUGCAGGAAGGAAUCUUUUCUACGCAAUCAACUUCCUUCUAAUGGCAUUAGGUACUACAAGAAGUUUGUACCUGUGGAUUGACCCGUACGAAUCAGAAGAAAACAUUCCCAACUGCCCAUUGUGGAUCAUCAGACCGCUCUUUGGUAUCGCCUUUCCUUGCCUCACGUCUGCAUUUUGCCUUGUGCAUGUUGCUUUAUUGGAGGUCGCAAAGAUUCAGGUUGGCUCACCUAAACUCAAAAGUCCCAUUUUCGUGGGCAGUAUAAUCUUCGUGCAUUUUUCGGUGGUCAUUGUAUCAGAUACGACCACUGCAAUAAAAGCCGACAGAACAGAACUUUUGAUCGUGUGUCAGUCAUUUUUCAUCGUAUGGGGGCUUCUUAAUUCCAUUUGCUUCAUGUACAGUGGAUCAAGAGUUGUCAUAAAAACUAUCAUUAUUCGAAACAAGGUCUGCGAAAUGGAGAAAGCUGACUGGCACCCAUUGACACGGCUUCCUCAGACCACCGUUGAUCCCCGGCCACCCGCAAAGGAUCAUUGGCGUCAUGAAGAAGAACCUCCUAAUGAACAAAACCAACCUCGGAACGAUCUGGGCAAAGUUGAUCCAAAAUUGGCUUCCAUAAUGAAGCCUCCUGUGCCCUCCAGUGACCAUGGGGAUGGAGCUCAAACCAUAAAGCCAACAAGAUUGUCAGUUCGGGCGCCCAUACUCGUUAGGAACCAAAGAAAUGUAAAUACUUCUUUUGCUCUGACAGGAAAAGAGCGUGCGGUUCAGAAAGUCGCCAGCAUUACCAUAAUAACCAGCAUUCUAAGCAUUGCGUGCUGUGGACUUCAAGCAUAUUCUUUAUUUGGAGUUCAAGGGGUUUAUACCACGGCUGUAUCUCCAGCGCCAUGGCCAUGGUUUGCAUUUGAGACGUCGUUUAGGCUUAUAGAACUUUCCAUGGGAUUCCUGUUAUCUUAUUGUGUCCUUCGUCCAUAUGUCGGCCGAAGGAAACGUAGUUACAGGAACUUUUGGUGUCGUAAGAUGACUGCAACUCCACGCAUAGCCAUCACACCUCUCAAUAGAAACGGUGAUUUUGCUUGAAAGCAACCGUUUCAGUGAUCUAAUUCAUGAUAGCAUGAAACCAGAAUUCAGUUGUUCAGACAAACCCUGCCACAUUUUCAUUAAGUAGAUCCUCAUUUACUGUCACAUUGGUCUACCAUGGAAAAAUAUAUUUUACCAAAAGAUUAAUAUUAAAUAUUAAAUAUUAAGGUUAGAAAUGAAAGUUGACCAUUCCU